AUCUGUAUAAUAUUCGAUCAUUACUAGUACAGAUUCAUCCCUGUGGCCGAUGCUGCACUAAAGUCAUCCACCUCGCCAAUCUAACUUAUCCUCUCCAUGCGAUAUUCGUGUGACCUUAUCUCAUGCAUGUGGCUGUUCCCCUGGAAUGCUGUCGGAUAUCUCGAGGUCACUGAAAUGAUCCAUGCAAUCAGUGAGCUUUCGUAUAUCUUCUCUUUCAAGAAAUGGUUGGACAGGCGCUUCUGUUUCGGAAAAAGGCAACUCCGUUCGUAUUCAUUCUGGUCACUGCUAUUCACAGUGGGUAAGUAGCUACAGAAACAGAUACUCACUAGGAUUUGACGACAUCCAGGCAAGGACUUUCACCAUUCACUGUGGGCAGCAAAGCGAACGAGGUGGCAAUAAUUUUGCCAAGUCGCGACUUGCAAACAUGACGACCAAAGCUUGUGUAUAUAAGUAGUUCAACAUCUGAGCAAACCAUCACUACCAGAUUCCUUUUUUUCACACCUUUCCUUAGUCCUCAAUCUGCCUCAAAGCAUGCCGAGAAAGGGAUUGAAUGUGACGGUUUCAUUCAAACAGAUGCAGUGGUACGACUCAUACCCUUUUCACUGGGAUAAAGAAACGCAAGCCCAGUUUUAUUUGCCAUCAAACUGCUAGCAGUCAUGGCCGCAGAAACUACUUCUAUUUCAUCGCAGCCACCCUCACCCUCAAAUCUUCCAACUCUGACACAAACGUCCGAGCCCUACUAUCAAGAUACCCAAGUACAUAAUCCACCUCCACACAAGCCAGCUUGCACCGAGGAAAGUGAGUCGUCCUUUCACACUUGGCUUUCGCUCGGCUGGGUCGAUCAUCGCGCUAUGGAUACAACUCCGCAAAAGCCUGUCCCCUGGACGACACCCGACAGUGAAUCGCCUCCUCAGCUUCGGUAUUACUCGGGAGUGACGGCGUUCAAGCACGGAGCGGGACAACUAUCUCUCUUCUAUGAGCUCGAAGGUGGGGGUAUUAUUGAGGAAGACGGACCAGACAUCAGAGAGAUUCGCAAGCACGAGGGUGGACUGAAGCAACUGAAGACUAUGAUGAAACCUGGUUUGGCAGCCGUAUGCUUGGAAUUUCCAAAGAAUGCACGCGAGCUUGCUAGGCGACUAUCUGGCUUUCGGCUGCGUCGGGAUGGAGUAGAUGUCGUUAUUACUUGUGCACACUUCGCAACAUGGCCCAGUAUCCAGCAAGAUUUCGAUGAGAAAGCCCGAGCAUUUACUGAAAUGGAGAAACACCCAGUCAUCGCACUGCAAGCUCGCAUGGUUGAUAAGGAGGACGCGGAUGACUACUCUAGACACGUGAAGCUCAACCUCCAACUCAUCGCGAUUCACCGUCCGUGGGAUCUCGCCAUCUUCCGCAUCGUAGAAAAAACCGAAGACGAUGAGGAAAAGCAGGUGAUCAACUGGAACCAGAUGCAUUUCGUUACUCCAGAGGAUCGAGGAAAGUUAGGCACAAAGGAUUUGUGGUGGUCAGUGGGAUACAAUCUCAGUAACGACAUGUCGAAGCUCCAGACCAGCUGGAAGGCGUUUUUCUUGCGACAACCCUCAAAGGUUCAAGCUGACAUCUACCAAAAAUACAAGUUCGACGCGACCACUACACCCAACCUGAAAUUCCUUGCAGUCAGUCAGAGAACUGUCAGCUUCGGCACACUGGAGCAGUUCGCACCGACUGGAGAAGAAGAACAGACAUAUCAAGUGUCUAUCAGUAUAAGUGCUUGGUACGGUCGAUCUGGCUCUAUGGUUUGCACUCGUGAGAAUGGUGGCGUCGAUGGAAGAGAGAACCAGGUCUCUGUCCAUGGCAUCAUCAAGGGAGGAUCUACCAAAAGCGACUACAAUGUGAUGAUACUAUUCGAGGAGAACAUGAAGAGCUGGCUCGACAAAGCUUUGAGCUUCCACCCAGACGAAUCAGAACAUCCGGUUGACUUCAGUGAGCGUUUCAUCAUGGCUUAGGACACUACGGACACGGUGAAGCUCCAGAUAGUGACUUUGAGGGCAUUGAGAGAGUUAUAUGCUAGCAGAUCUGCAGUCUCUUGUGUAUCGACGCAGAACUUUCUUUUCUUUUCUUGAGUAUGUUAGCGAAUGGUUCCCUGGGGAAGGCUUGUCACACGGUUGCCUCGGGUGAAAGGUCAUUGUCUUGUACUUGCUUUUCAGUUGAUAGAUUCCGUCUAUUAUUUCCACUCCUCAAAGACGGCAAUAACACAAAUAAUUG